CUGCUGUACAUUUUGGGAGACCCGUCCUGAGGAGCAGACUCGCGCCAUUUUGUUCUCUCCACAGGCACGCCGUGUUUUCAGACGAUAUCACGGCGUUUUGGUGACUGUGAGGGGAAAACCACUCUGCAGCGUGUGCAUCUGUGCUGUUCAUUCACAGAGGAGCAGAUCACCUCUAGAAAGUCAGCGCACUUGAUAUAUUUGCUCAGUUAGUAAAGGCUGUCUGAUACAGUGAACAGCAGCCAUGGCUGACGACUUUGAUGUGGAAGCAAUGCUGGAAGCCCCUUACAAGAAAGAGGACAUCUCCAGCAAGUCCAGCGGUGACAAAGAUGAAGAAAGAAAGAAGAAGAGGAAGAAACACAGCCGCAGCCGCUCUCGAAGUCGUGACAGGCGCUCCCGCAGCAGGGACAAGGACAGAGACAGGCGCCGCUCCCGGAGCCGUGAUCGCAGGUCGAAGAGUCGUGAUCGGAAAAGGAAGAGCCGGUCUCGGAGUCGAGGACGUUACCGGGAUCGCUUCCGAAGAAGCAGAAGCCGCAGCCCUAUCCGCGGUGGACGCUACAGACAAAACUUUGGUGGUCAACCCAGACAACAGACUAAGCCUGCUGAACAACCAAGGGCUCGCAGUCCGAAGAAGAAGUCUAAGUCAAAAAGUCCUUUGAGGGAAAAUGGUGUUACCAAGGAUGAGAGUGGGCCUCAGCUGUCUCCAGAAGAGCGGGAUCAGCGCACAGUGUUUGUCAUGCAGCUGUCCCAGCGGGUCAGACCUAAAGAUCUGGAAGAUUUUUUCUCAUCAGUUGGAAAGGUCCGUGAAGUUCGACUUAUAGCUGAUCGCAACUCCCGACGCCACAAGGGCAUUGCGUAUUGUGAGUUUACUGACGCGUCGUGUGUUCCAAUGGCUAUUGGUCUAACCAACCAGAAGCUACUUGGAGUCCCCAUCAUUGUGCAAGCAUCUCAGGCAGAGAAGAACAGGGCAGCAGCCAACUCUCAAAACCUGCAGAAGGGCAGCUCCGGCCCCAUGAGACUGUACGUGGGCUCCCUGCACUUCAACAUCACAGAGGACAUGCUGAGGGGAAUCUUUGAGCCUUUUGGAAAGAUCGACAACAUUCAGCUGAUGAAGGACAGUGAGACGGGGCGCUCCAAGGGAUACGGCUUUAUCACUUUCCACGAUGCAGAAUGUGCAAAGAAAGCCCUUGAACAGCUGAAUGGGUUUGAGCUGGCAGGCAGGCCCAUGAAGGUGGGGCACGUGACGGAGCGGUCAGACGCAGGAGCAGCAACGUCCUUUCUGGACAGCGAUGAGCUGGAGCGGACAGGCAUCGAACUGAGCACCACGGGGCGUCUCCAGCUCAUGGCUAAGCUGGCUGAAGGAACUGGGUUUGAGAUGCCAGCUGCAGCCCAGUCAGCGUUGAACAUGCCCAUGGCUAGCCUGACAGGCCUGCCCACCCUUCCCGGGGCAGGACCAGGGGUAGCCGCCCCUGCAGGGGUCAUGCCUGCAGCAGGGCAGCAGCAACCUCCUCCCCCACCUGUACCCAUCCCUGCGUAUGCCACGCCGUGUUUCCAGCUCUCCAAUAUGUUCGACAUCAAGAUGGAAAAUGCUCCAAACUGGGACAUGGAGAUCAGGAAUGACGUGGUUGAGGAGUGUACCAAGCACGGGGGUGUUCUGCAUGUGUUCGUGGAUAAAAACUCUGACAACACUGCUGAUCCAUUGCAAGGAGGAGAGCAAUCACAGGGGAACGUUUACGUGAAGUGUCCCAAUAUCCAGACAGCGGCAGCCUGUGUAAAUGCCCUACAUGGAAGAUGGUUUGCAGGAAAGAUGAUCCAAGCCAACUACGUGCCAAUAGUGAAUUACCAUGCGCUGUUCCCUGAAGCAAUUACAGCUACAACGUUGCUGCAGCCUGCGAGUGCACAGCAGUGACUACCUCUGUACAGUUGAUGGUCCAUACGCGUAGUCAGAGCACCCGCUCAUUGUUUCUGUAUCGACCAGUGCAGAUGUCCUGAUUAGAUUUUAUCAGCUCUACAUGUACUGAAAAGACUUCAAUCCCCUGGUAGAUGUCUUCUGCACAGGGACAUCCAACAUUGUCUUGUAUAUAACUUGUCUGUGCAUUUGAAAGUUUCCAAAUUGAAAGUUUCCAAAAACCUUUGGCUGUAUUUACCUUGGAAAAGAGACAUGUUUUUAGGUGCUCAAGGUUGAUUCUUGAGGGAUGGAACUAUGCUACUGAGUUAUUUCAGUUAUACCUGAUUUUUGUAUCCAUUUAUAUUACAUUGAUUUCUUUUCAUGGGGAAUGAUGAUGCAAAGGGACCAAAGUGCACACUAUGUGUUUAUCCAGAGGACAGAAGGAUUUGCUUUUCAAAAUAGUUCACCAUCCUUGAAAACAUAACCCCUGUAACACAGCUCGAGACAAAAUAGAUCUCCUAAGCACAGGACAAUACGAUAUACAUGUACCAACCCAUGGUUAAAAAAGGAUUCUGUCAUGUUGCAUGAAAAGGCGCUGUCCAAAGGAUUUGUGUAUGGAAGACACAGAGAAUUAUAUUAAAAUUUUUAAUUUUUUGUAGGCAGGGAUUCAAAUAGACCUAGCAGCUUUCUGUUAGUAUUAGCCGUCUAGUUUUGUGCAUAUCUUGGGCUUUGUAAGUCCUGCAACUGCUACAAACAAAUCUGAAAAAAGCUUGUAAAUAGGUGUCAGCGCUACUUGUAGUUUUCUGGGUCAAAGAUUGUUGUUUAGUAUCUGCCAGUUAACCUUGUCUUUUGUUCACAUAUUCAUGUUUGCUCCACGGCAAUGAUGGUAGACCAAAGUACUGUUUACCUCAUACAUGCGGAGCCUUUUAACUUUAGAAAUCACAUAUGGUCAGGAUGACAUGAAGAUCUUACAAAGUCAUUUACAAUAAACCAAUUUCCAGUAC